GCUAUAAAGUCAAGGAGUAUUACCACGCUAGCACACAUAUACCAGCGUAUGAUUUAACGGGUGGGGAAUCACAGCCAGCAGGUCGACAGAGUUACUUACGAGCUGUCAAAUUGAUGGUUACCCUCCAUCACUGCGCUGCGUCACGGAUUACCUGCUGGACAUUAACUGGACUCACUGAUCGCGGUUGUUUGCGCAACGGAUCUUUAAACAGCCGCUGUCGUUAGAACAAAACGGAUGUCAGUGUGGUGGUUAGAGAUGGGAGAGGGUCUGGGGCCUCUCUCCCCUGUAGGAUGGUAGCCGACAGCACAGUGGAAGGCCAUGACAAGACCAAGUUGUCAAGCUCAUCGUCGUCACCGUCGGCAUCCUCAUCAUCGUCCCUGUCUUCACCGCUGGCUAGGCGCGAGCUCGCUCUCAGCUCACAGCGCACCAAGUUGGAGCAGCUUCAGCAUCGGGCCGCUCUAGUCCCUUCUGUGUAUCUGACCCACUUCCCCACGUUCUCCUGCAAGGAGGACUGCAAGAUCAUCACAGACACAGCGGCCAAGCUCGAGCGCAGCGCCUUCUACUGGGGUCCUCUGGGAGUGGAGGACGCCCAUCGCAUGCUGCGGGACGCACCGCUGGGCAGCUUCCUCAUCCGCGACAGCCGGCAGAAAGACGUCUUCUUCACGCUGUCCUACCACUGCAAGAGCGGCCCGGUCAGCGUGCGCAUUGACUACAAGCGACAAAAGUUCUCACUGGCGGGCAACGAGCGCUCCUUUCCGACACUCUUUGCCCUCUUGGAGCAUUACAUCAAUUCUCCCAAGAAGAGCCUGAGCAUUCCGUACAGGAAAUGGAAGCCGACGCUGCAGGAGCUGUGCAGGAAGCGCAUCAUGGAGCUGUGUGGCGGAGUAAGCCGGGUGUCGGAGUUGCCACUCACCCAUGUUGUCCAAGACUUCCUGUUGGAAUUCCCUUACAAACUAUGACCAGCUUGCCGUAUAAAGUUUUGAUAGUAUUAUUUUUCAUUUCAAGAAGGCAGUUUUUACCAAGUAACAGUAAACAGGAGGAGUGUUUGUUAAAACCUGCCCAUCAUGUGUUGGAUGUUAAGCCUGCAUCGCCUUGGUUACACAUACAACCGUCUCCCUUUUUUGAGCUAAAAAGCCACAAAAUGUUUCACAAGAGACAUUAUGACCACAGUCAAGUACAUGCACUGUUCAAUGGGCCCGGGCAUGACAU